AUGACUGUCUGUCCGCUGUGUUAGCAUCUGAAUACAAUUUUAAAAAAAAUAUUUGCAUUUAAUACUUUUUUUUGUAUUGUACCGUGAUUUUGCUGGUGAAUAAUGUGUAAAGAUAUGCAACACGUUGUUUGCUGCCAAGACUAUGUACUGCAUCAUUAUUUUUUUUUCCAACUGAUGAAGCUUGUCCAACAUCCAUGCUCCUGUGUUGCCUUCUCUCAUCACGGUAUGGUUUCUCCAUCCUAAAAAAGGAGGUUGCUGAUGUGGAUUGAUUCCAUAGCAAGUGUAUACAUCAACUAAAGACAUGAGAAAAUUUGUCUACUGCAAAGUGGUCCUGGCCACAUCUUUGGUUUGGGUGCUUGUAGAUGUUUUUUUACUCCUGUACUUCAGUGAGUGUAACAAGUGUGACGACAAGAAAGACCAAUCACUGCUGCCUGCUUUGAGAGCUGUCAUAUCAAGAACACAUGAGGGUCCCGGAGAGAUGGGAAAAGCUGUCAUUAUAUCAAAAGAUGACCAGGAAAAAAUGAAGGAGCUGUUUAAAAUCAACCAGUUCAACCUCAUGGCCAGUGAUAUGAUUGCCCUGAACAGAAGUUUGCCAGAUGUGAGACUGGAAGGGUGCAAGACAAAAGUUUACCCUGGUACCCUCCCUAAUACAAGCAUUGUCAUAGUCUUUCACAACGAAGCAUGGAGUACUCUACUACGAACAGUCCACAGUGUGAUAAACAGGUCCCCAAGACAUUUACUUCUAGAGAUACUGCUAGUGGACGAUGCAAGUGAAAGAGAUUUUCUAAUGAAAAAAUUAGAGAAAUAUGUUCGGAAUUUGGAAGUUCCGGUGAGAAUCCUCAGGAUGGAACAAAGAUCUGGACUGAUCCGCGCUAGGCUUCGAGGGGCGGCUGCUACUAAAGGCGAAGUCAUAACUUUCUUAGAUGCGCACUGUGAAUGCACUAGUGGGUGGCUAGAACCACUAAUGGCAAGAAUUAAAGAAGACAGAAGGAUAGUUGUUUGCCCUAUUAUUGAUGUAAUCAGCGAUGACACAUUUGAAUACAUGGCUGGAUCUGACAUGACUUAUGGUGGCUUCAACUGGAAGCUGAAUUUUCGCUGGUAUCCCGUUCCACAGCGAGAGAUGGACAGAAGAAAAGGGGAUCGAACAUUACCUGUCAGGACCCCUACAAUGGCUGGUGGUUUGUUCUCAAUUCACAGAAAUUACUUUGAAGAAAUUGGAACUUAUGAUUCAGGAAUGGACAUUUGGGGGGGAGAAAACUUAGAAAUGUCUUUUAGGAUCUGGCAGUGUGGCGGGUCAUUGGAAAUUGUUACAUGUUCCCACGUUGGUCAUGUCUUUCGCAAAGCCACUCCUUACAGUUUUCCUGGAGGAACAGGUCAUGUUAUCAACAAGAACAACAGAAGGCUAGCUGAAGUUUGGAUGGAUGAAUUUAAAGAUUUCUUCUAUAUCAUAUCACCAGGUGUAGUCAAGGUGGAUUAUGGAGAUGUGUCACAGCGGAAAGCCCUGAGAGAAAGACUCCAGUGUAAACCUUUUUCAUGGUAUCUGGAAACUGUUUAUCCUGACUCUCAGAUCCCAAGACGAUAUUUCUCACUUGGUGAAAUCAGAAAUGUUGAAACCAACCAGUGCUUGGACAACAUGGGAAGAAAAGAAAAUGAAAAAGUAGGAAUAUUUAACUGCCACGGAAUGGGCGGAAAUCAGGUAUUUUCCUAUACAGCUGACCAGGAAAUCAGAACAGAUGAUCUUUGCCUGGAUGUUUCAAGGCUUAAUGGUCCUAUAGUCAUGCUGAAAUGCCAUCACAUGAGAGGAAAUCAGUUGUUUGAGUAUGAUGCACAGAGGCUGACACUUCGACAUGUCAACAGUAACCAGUGUCUGGAUGAGCCGUCUGAGGAGGACAAAAUGGUGCCCACCUUGAGGGACUGCCAUGGCAGCCGAUCUCAAGAGUGGCUGCUGCAGAACAUGACCUUGAGUGCCUGAAGCCUGAAAAGACGUCUUUCAUUCUGACAGUAUCUACAGAGUUCCAUACUACUACAAUGUGUGGGUUUUCUUUUUUCUGAUGAAGCGCUGUCAAUCACCUUGACCUUCUUGGAAACAAAGAAAGCAUUUGAGCGAUAUUUUCUUUUUUUUUUUUUUUUUUUUUCUCAAGACAUGCUUGUUCACGCUGGCUCUCAAUUUGCAUUUGUUCACAGGAAAAAAAAAACACAAUAGGUGCUGAGAAAUGUGGUACUGUGCACUGUAACAAAAAGCCGUUCUCUUCGACUUUAUUUUCCAGUAGCUUAGGAAACGACAUUCAUUUCAGCUUGGGAGGAAUACAAUACAAAAUGUAAUGCCUUAAAUAAAAUAACUUAUUAAUAAUAAACGCAAGAAAUAGCUUUGACACAGACCUCAAAGAGAAUGUUCUUGCGAAACUAGUAUAAAACACUAGUACAAAACACUGCAGAUAGAUUAUGAUUUCAAUUGCUCUA